CAGGAAGUGACAUUUCUCACUCGUUCUCUCGUCAGCACUGACUGAAUGCCACAUUUCCAGAAGUAGUGCUUAAUGUUCGCAUGAUGGUGUUGCUUUGUAACAUGAUAUUUUUCAGUGUGUGGAUGCUUCAUGGUUGCUGGAUGUCUGUCCAAGGUGAGCUAUUGUGCAAAAGAGAACUUUUAAAAAGCACUAACGUUUCUGCUAAGCUCCAGUCUGAUGUCCUGCUGCCGUGUAACUUCGAUCCAGUUCUCCUCCGAUCAGAUAAGACUGCAGAUGUAGUAGCAGUGUGGAGACAGAUAAACACAACAAAACACGGUUUACUGGAGAUCAGUCAUCAUGGACGAGAGACGUUCUGGAAUUAUAGAGAUGGACGUGUUAAGCAUUUUCCUAAGCUCUCUGCAUCAGGAAACUUCUCCAUUCUUCUUAAGAAAGUGCAGCCGUAUGAACUGGGUCUCUACACCUGUGAGCUUUAUCAUGGGUUCAACUGCAGUAUUGGGUAUCAGGAGAUACAGCUGGGUCAAGGUCUCGCUUCUGCUUUACAUCAGGCAAAUAUCAUCACCGCAGCAACAACAGGAGCUGUAGUUCUGUGUUUAAUCAUCAUAUCUGUCUGCUACAUAAUCACAAAACGAAAGCCACAGCCGCACCCUGAGAAUCAUGGCGAUUGUUCUAACCCAAUCUAUGUAAGCUACCACAACACAGCACAGCCCAGCCAUGGCAGUGACGCUGAUCUGAAAGAAAACCCAAUCUAUGAGACUGUUUGGAACAGCGGUGGCAGCAGCCGAUGAAGGCUGAUAUCAUCAGCAGGGCCUGAUACACAACUUGAUAAUUACUUCAGUGUUAGAAUGUUUAGCAAUAAUGUGUUCUUGUGGAAUAAAUUAGGAAUGUAUUUUUAAAAAAAUAUUUGUGUGGGUAUUGUGUUAAGUUACAAUAAAUAUGAUGUGGCUCUAAAAAGAAUGGUUCUACUGAAAAAGAGGUGAGAAACAAGAUAAAUUUCUGCCUUUGGGAAUAUUUUUCUUUAACAUUUACAAAUAAAUGUAUAUCCUAUUGAAGUCCUUUGGAAAUAAUAAUAAUAAUAAUAAUAAUAAUAAUAAUAAUAAUAAUAAUAAUAAUAAUAAUAAUAAUAAAAUACUAACAAUAAAUAAAUAAAUAAAUAAAUAAUGUGCAAUUAGCAACGAUUUUGCAGCGAUUAGCAUAUAUUAGCAUAUAACUUAGCAUGUCAUUGUUGACUGCAUAUCUUAUCUGCACAAUUUUAGAUUAAAUAGGCAAUUAAUAUUUAACUGUUAAUAUGAAUAAAUAAUCAUUUUUGCUGGUGAAGUAAUUUCUGAAGUCUACCAGCCAAGAGAUGUUGCAAGUUUUCCUUUCACCUGGUGGAGGCAGCAGAUUGCUAACAAUGUUAGCAUCACUCAAAGAGUGUUUUUAUUCUCUCUUUGACUAAAGCUGCAAAUAAAUUUACACAAUGAUAUUUAUUCAUGGCUAUAUAUAUAUAAAAAUGCGAAGUUAACAUAAAAUGGGUGAUUUCAAAUGUGCUGGAAAUUCCUAAAGUGUUCUUCAAAUAGUCUUUAGCUGAAGUUGAUUUGCAGCAAAAUGUUAAAAACUAUUAUUAUUAUUAUUAUUAUUAUUAUUAUUAGUAGUAGUAGUAGUAGUAGUAGUAGUAGUAGUAGUAGUAUUUAUUAUUAUUAUUAUUAUUAUUAUUAUUAUUAUUAUUAUUAUUAUUAUUGCAUUUUGCUUAACUAAAAACAUUUUCUCCCUGAAAUUCACCCCAAAAUUCCUACACUGUUCCUACUUUGGAUGUAAAAUUGAAGUUAAAAUCCUGCAUGUGCGGUCAUAGUAAUUAUUUAAUUUAAUCAUUUCUUAGACGCACACAAUGUUCGGCCUCUUGUGCCGCUCUGAAGGUGUGAUGAAGAUGUUAGCAGCAUAUCCUUUAAGUUGUGAGUACAGCCUCCAUGGAUCCAGGGCUCUCAAGAUUUGAAGACAGGCAAGAGUUACAUAUUUUAAAUAUGUCUAGCAAACUCCUAACCCCCAGCCAAGAACAUUUAUGACAUUAAACAUUCCAAAAAACAUAUUAAAUUAUACAAUGUAGUGCUGGUGGUGAGUGGCCUUGUUUUUCUGAGAUUUCAUUUAUGAUAAAUUCAUUAUUUUAUAAAAUGUCAUAAAGCCCUUGCACCAUCUCACAAUUUGAGAACCACUGGCAAUAGACUACUUGCUCUGAGCAGGGGUUGUCUGUGAACGGGCUGUAAAGCUUUUGGCCAAGUUACAGACACUCAUGAAAAACUGAAACUGAUUAUCUGGGAAACAUCUCUAACAGCAGUCAAAAUGUCAUUGUUUGUGUCAAACAAGUUGUGAAUUUGUUGUAACAUUAAAACAGGAGAUCAUG